CCAGCAGUUGUUCGAUCCGGGUUGGUUGUAGCGGCCGGUCCCGAAUGCGAGAGUGAGAUCUUCGAACCCGAGCGAGACAGGCAGCGGCGUGUAGACACACAAUGUGGUGGGGUCGUCUGGUUGAUCAUCGCGGUCGGGUCGGGUCGAGCCAAGCAUCAAGUUCGACUCGGGAAGUCCUUCUGGUCAGGCGUGUGCGUCGUUCCGUGUGGCUGUUGCGUGUUGCGUUACACGUUUGCGUUACGUCCGUAACUUCCCGCAGGCACAGUCGUGGAAUUUUAUCACGAAUCCGCUUGACUCGCUUUUACCCGGGAGGAAAAAGUGUUGCAAAAGUGAUUCAAUUAACGAUUUGAUUUUUUGUUUGACGAAGCGAAAAAACAAAAAAACACGCACACAUCAAAUACACACAAAAAUAUAGCGCCGCUUACUUUGUUUUUGCUGUCUGGUGGUGAUCGUGCACAAAUCUCGUGGUGGUUGUCGUGGUGUUGUGUGUUGUUCUUCGAAAGGAUAACCGAUUCGCGCGCGUGUUUACGUCGUUUACGGAGUGAGGCCGUGAGGCUCCAUUUUUUUGUUUUGCUACCAGGUAACGCUUUCGGUGUUAUUUUGUGUUUGCUUCCGUUACGGUGUGCACACUGCUGCUGUCAAUCCUUUACGAAAACGUCAUCAAAAAUCACAGCCAUUCGGGAGUCAGUGCUAAAAUCAGUGGCCAAGUGCAAGUUUUCGUUGUGUUUCGGUGCUACUUUGAUUUCCCGUUUUGAAAAGAGAGGGGGAGAGAGAGCGAGAGAAUAAAUUAUGUGCGUGAUAGUGUGGUGUUGAGAAGUUGUAGUUGUGCACCAUCAUCAUCGCCCCACCUGGAGACCUACCUGUCCCUCGGCCAGUUUGACAAUUAAUAGGUGGAAGAACAACAAGUCCUCUUGAUCCUUGAUAACGAUGCUCGAUCGCAAGUGACACAGGAGAUCGAGGAAUAGAUAGAUCUAGUUUGAUGUUGUGCCACUGCUGCCGUGCCAAUAUUAAACCGAAGUGAUUGUGUAAUCCCACACCGCAAGUGUGUUACAUUCUGAGUUGGCAAAGUGUGAGUCUGUGUGUGUGUGUGUUGGUGCCUAAUGUGAGUGUUCUACCGGUACUCCGAUAAACAGAUCUCCUCGCAACCCGAAACCCUCCCACCCCACGGGCCCCCACCAAACCCGCGAGGUCCAAUUUCCUUGUGGCACCGGUGUAGGAAAAGCGGGAAAAAUUUUCCUCGAUAGCGUCGGCCCCGACUGUGGGGCCAAAACCGGAAGCAAUAUUCUGGCACACAACACCCUCAGCAUGUACGGCGGUGGCGUACUCUGCCCGUCGCCCUCCACGGCGACGGGUUUCUACAAUCCGCGCGGCCAGGGCUCGGAGAUCGGUGCACUCGAGCUGGGCUUCCCCCGGGGGAUGGCCCUGGUUCCACCGCCACCGCACGGCCCUUGGCGCGAUCCGAGCAGUCUGUCCGGUACACACCUGCCUGUCGCUUCCAGCACGGCUACGGCCGCCGGGGACGAUAUCACGACGCUGGGCGGCCAGGGUCCGCAGGGUCAGAGCGGGUCGGUUGUGCCCGGCAUGCAGACGUCCUCCUCCUCGUCCAGCGGUGGUGUGACGCAGGAUAAGAAGGACUUCAUUUCGUCCUCGUCCGGCGGUUCGUCGAUCGGCAGCGGUGUCGGUCAGCAUCCGUCGGUGACGGGUGGCAGCGUGACGCAGGGCAAUGUGAUCGAGAAGAAAGAGUUCCUGUCGCUGCAGCAAAGCACAACGCCCGGUUCGCAGAGUAUGAACUCGCAGAACGGGCAGGACCUGAAGAACCAGAACAUCGAGUGUGUCGUGUGUGGUGAUAAGAGUUCCGGCAAACACUACGGACAGUUUACGUGUGAAGGCUGUAAAUCAUUCUUCAAACGCUCAGUACGACGGAAUCUCACCUACUCCUGCCGGGGCAAUCGGAAUUGCCCGAUCGAUCAGCACCACCGAAAUCAGUGUCAGUUCUGUCGACUACGAAAGUGCCUCAAAAUGGGAAUGCGACGUGAAGCCGUCCAGCGAGGUCGAGUUCCACCGUCACAACCGCCGGGCAUACCGUACGGCCAGUACUCCAUACCAAACGGUGACUCCGUGGCCGGGUUCAACGGUCACUCGUACCUUAGUUCCUACAUUUCGUUGCUGCUGCGAGCGGAACCGUACCCCACGUCCCGGUACGGCCAGUGCAUGCAGACGAACAACAUUAUGGGCAUCGACAACAUCUGCGAGCUGGCCGCCCGGCUACUGUUCUCCGCCGUCGAGUGGGCCCGCAAUAUACCCUUCUUUCCGGAUCUCCAGGUCACCGAUCAGGUGGCCCUGUUACGGCUCGUCUGGUCCGAGCUGUUCGUGCUGAACGCCUCCCAGUGCUCGAUGCCGCUGCACGUGGCCCCGCUGCUGGCGGCGGCCGGUCUGCACGCUUCCCCCAUGGCAGCCGAUCGGGUUGUCGCCUUCAUGGACCACAUCCGGAUAUUCCAGGAGCAGGUGGAAAAGCUGAAGGCGCUGCACGUCGACUCGGCCGAAUACUCCUGCCUCAAGGCGAUAGUCCUCUUUACCACAGAUGCUUGUGGGCUCUCGGACGUGGCGCAUAUCGAGUCGCUGCAGGAGAAGUCCCAGUGCGCGCUGGAGGAGUAUUGCCGGUCCCAGUAUCCCAACCAACCGACCCGGUUCGGCAAGCUACUGUUACGUCUUCCCUCCCUAAGAACUGUGUCCUCACAGGUUAUAGAGCAACUGUUCUUCGUCCGACUGGUGGGCAAAACGCCUAUAGAAACGCUCAUCCGUGACAUGCUGCUAUCGGGCAGUAGUUUCUCCUGGCCCUACCUUCCUUCGAUGUGACACACGGCCGUGUGGCGCCAACUGACAACGACAUGAUCUUCACUGAUGAUGGGAGGUGCGUCAUCUACCGCGGUAGCGGCGGCCACCCUUCAACAUCAGCAGCAGCAGCAGCAGCAGCAGCAGCAACAACAGCAGCACCAGCAUCUGGAUGAGCUGCAACAGCAACAAGUCCAUACGAAUCAGCAACUAGAGCAGCAGCAGCAGCAACAUCACCAACAGCAACUUGCCCACCAUCUACAGGCUCAGCAACAGCUGCACGAACAGCAGCAGCACGACCACCAGCAACAGCUACAGCAGCACCAGCAACACCAGCACCAGCAACAACAAACCCAUCCGCAAACUCUCGGCCUAGCGCUCGGUCAGUCCAACUCUCAGGCUCUCGCCCUAUCGCCAUCCUCCAGCUCGUACUAUAGUAGCUGCUGUUCGGAUAUGGCUGCCGCGGCGCUAUCUUCGCUGAUGGCCAGCACCAGCCACCAGUUCACGCAGUUCCAGAACACGCUCAACUUUGUCAGCGGUGGUGCGAUCAUGGCGGCCAGUAGUAGCAGCAGUCACAUCAGCACGGGCAGCGCCGCCAGUGUCAGUAGCUCACGAGCAAGUACCGGUGGAGCGGACACGCACACAUCCUCCAGCAGCGCAGCCAACAGUACAGGAGGAGGAGGAGGAGGGGGAGGAGCGGCCGGGAGUGGUAGCGAAGGUACGGCCAGCUGUACCACAACGAUGGAUGGCACCGAGGAUACAGCCAGCGGUCCGGCCGGUCAUGUAAAUAGCUUCGACAGUACGCUGGCAGCCCUGACAUCGACGGCUCAGCUUGCGGUGGACGAGACCGGCCAGCGCAAGAUGCGAUCUCACCCACCGGAUCUUCCGGCCAUGCUGAUGGGAGCGGGUCAUGCCGCGACGCUUCAGCUCAUCGACGACAUUAGCGAGCGACGAGCCGGCGACUCGGACAGCAGCAGUGGGCAACAGCGACACCGGCACCACGACGACACGAACGUUUCCGUCGUCGAUGAUGAGGCGACGGCAUAAAGCGGCAGGUGUAACUGUACAGCGGUAUUCUCCAAGAGAAUAAUGUGUAGUAGACCAGCCAACCACCCCGAAAACGAGUUAGUUAUUUAUCAGUGAGCAAUCUCCAUUUCGAGCUAGGAACUCGUUGUACGUUAAAUUAUGUUUCGUUUUACUCUAAAACGCCCAGUGCAAUCUAGACAGUGAGAGGGACGAUUACCGCAAGAACCCCACAAUCACGGUGGUGCUUGAGUUUUGCCAAAACAAAGCAACAACAAAAAACCGCUACUAAUCGAAUUAUAUAUGUAUAUUGUAUUUUUCUCUCUCUGUGUGUGUGCGUGUUUAUGCGUGUGAAAUUAAUGGCAAAAGCGAAAUGUGUGCUCUGGAGCAGGAAGUAACUGAUAUUUGCAAUAUAUAGAGUUAAAGUAAAACCAACAAUAAACUGUGGCAUUUCUCAAAAACAAAAGACAAACCACUCGGGACACCCAGGAAAACGACGAAGAGGAAAGCAAUAGGGACAGUCACGAUGUUCGGAAUCUCUGCUAGGGUUUAGUCCAUGUCCACAGCAGCUACGUUUGUGAAUAGUUCCAGUGGAAAGUCAGUAGCACACCGAAGAAGAAAGGAAGCAUUCUUUACCACAUUGUGCAGAAAGUCUAAUCAAAAAAACUGUUGGCCGUCCAUUAUGGUUCCCCCCCUCCUCCCCGAAUCGUAGUUACAAUCGAUGUGUCCCGUUCAUUGCUGUCCCCGUUCUUGUACAUACUGGUUAGUGACAGGCUGACAUUUCGCUUAGUAACCCUGCUCUCAUCCGUCACAUUUCAGUGUGCUAAUCUCCGACCGCCAUAUUGCCAGUUGUUGAGCGACGGAAGGCUGGUGGACUAGGUUGCUGCUUAGUGUUUUUGUUUUUUGUUUUCGUUGCCUACAGUUGCAUCGGAGGACUUUAGAGGAACCGUUUUUCGGGUGGGCGAAUGUAGCGUUCUAUGAGUUUUAAGUUCAUCCCACCAUCGUAUCAUCUUCACACACACACACGCUACGCAACUCACAAACGGUCCGUGUACAUAUACGUAUAAAAGCAUCUUAUCGAGCAAGUUCUUCCGCGAGCAGACGUGGAUUAGGUGUUAAGUAAGGUAGUGAGCAGGGAAAACACUACACGCUAGCCGGAUAGCGGCCGGAUAACGGCCGGAUAGCAGAAUCAAAAAUAGUUUAGUUAAUUUAAAAUUUGUUUUGUUUUGUGCGCCCUUGCGCUCUGCCGCCCCAGCUCAGUCCACCGAGCGUAGGACUUAUCGUCUUAGUAACUGUAUUGCUCUCCUUGUAGGGACGCUCCCGGACCUAUGAGAACCAAUGUUUUCUCCCACUCCGUAUGGAGUUUUCAAAAAUCAAAGUUAAAUUAUGUGUUUGCAGGAAAAACAAAGCAAUGAAACGAUCGCUCGCUCGCGGAACCGGAACAAACUAGUUAAACGAAAGUUACGGGAAGUUGGAGAGCAAAAACCGUACUGUAGAAGGUGUAGAAGCGCAGGAAAAAAAGUGCUGCAAAAUGGAAAAUGGGGGAAGGAUAGUAAAGUGAGGAUACUUUUAAAACAAACACAACAAAUACACGACGCGCAUAUGUAAUAUUUAUAUAUACACACCCAAACAAAUACACACCCAUACACAACCCUUGAUCGAUUGUGGAACGUGGGGAAAGUGAAUCGUGGCGUAUGCUAGAGCAAGAAAUAAACAAAAUAAUAUGUAAACAUGAAA